AUGUCUCAGAGCAGUCUCAUCACCUCUGAGAACGACAUGCAGGACAAUAGAGCCAGAGAGAAAAAGAAGAAGAGGAACAAGAGGAGCAGAGAAGCAUCUGCAUCUGCAGCUGGAGUAGGCGAGAAGGAGCCCAAGCCUGAGAAAAGAGAGAGAGGUAGAAGAAAAAGAGAAAGGACGGAUCAAGAAACAGAAGGAAGGGACAGGAAUGAGGAGGGGCUCAGGGCCAAAGUAAAAAGUGGUAAGACAGAAAAAACAAGGAAGAAUAUCAAAAAUGAAAACACAAGAAAAAUGGAGCAGGAGGAGGAAGACGAAACUGGCGACAGAGAUGCCAAGGGGAAAAAAAGACACAGAAGUGCCAAAGAAGAGACAGAAGAGGUUGAAGGUAAACUUAAAGUUAAGGAGCAAGCACAGGAAGUGAAAAAGAAGAAAAAGAAGCACAAGAAAGUUGAAACAAGUUCAGAACAGGAAACAAGUGAUGAAGAGAAUGAAGGAGAGGACAAAGAGGACAAAGAGGAUAAGGAGGUGAAGCCUGAGUCUCUGUCACCAGAAGAGCUGGAAAAGCUGAAGGAUGCCGUGGAUGAGAGGAAGAAAUUGAUCCAGGGUCUGAGGGGAAAACCCUGGCGCAUGAAGAAGAAACUAAUCACUUUAAGGGAGUCUCAAGAGUUUGUGGAGAAAUAUGAAGGAGCUCUGGGAAAAGGGAAAGGAAGGAAGCUUUAUGCUUACAAGGUCAUGAUGUCCAAGAAAUGGAUGAAGUUUCAACGAGACUUUGAAAACUUCAAAACUGCCUGCAUACCAUGGGAGAUGAAAAUCAAGGAGAUUGAAAGUCAUUUUGGCUCCUCUGUUGCGUCUUACUUUCUCUUCCUGAGGUGGAUGUAUGGCAUCAACAUGAUUUUGUUUGGUCUGACCUUUGGCCUUGUUAUGGUUCCAGAAGCAUUAAUGGGGCGACCAUAUGGCAGCAUCCCAAGAAAGACUGUCCCCAGAGCUGAGGAGAACAGUGCCAUGGACUUUGCUGUCUUGUGGGACUUUGGAGGAUAUGCUCAGUAUUCAGUCCUCUUCUACGGUUUCUACAACAACCAGCGUGCCAUUGGCUGGCUCAAGUUCCGAAUGCCUCUGUCGUACUUCCUGGUUGGUGUUGGGACAGUGGCCUAUAGCUACAUGGUGGUCAUAAGAACGAUGGCCCGUAAUGCUAACGAGUCAGGUGUCGGGGAUGAUAACAGCUUUAAUUUCAGCUGGAAAGUGUUCACCAGCUGGGACUACCUUAUUGGAAACGCUGAAACUGCAGAUAAUAAGUUUGCUUCCAUCACCACCAGCUUUAAGGAGGCAAUCUUAGAGGAGCAAGAGAGCAGAAAAGAUGACAACAUCCAUCUGACUCGUUUCCUGCGUGUGCUGGCAAACUUCCUGGUCUUGUGCUGCUUGGCAGGAAGUGGAUACCUCAUCUAUUUUGUUGUGCGUCGCUCUCAGAAGUUUGCCCUUGAUGGACUGGAGAAUCACACCUGGUGGGAGAGGAAUGAGGUGAACAUGGUGAUGUCAUUACUUGGGAUGUUCUGCCCCAUGCUGUUUGACGUCAUCAGCACCCUGGAGAACUACCACCCUCGUGUCGCCCUACAGUGGCAGCUCGGUCGCAUCUUUGCUCUCUUCCUGGGAAAUCUCUACACCUUCAUCAUCGCACUUAUGGAUGAGAUCAACCUCAAAAGGGAAGAAGAAAAAAUUGUGAAAUUCAAUAUCACCAUGUGGGAAGCAAGUCUUUACAAUGGAACGGUGCCAGAUAACAGCACGGCCUCACCCAUCACCAUCAACCCUGCUGAUGUUCCCAGAGGUCCGUGCUGGGAGACCAUGGUGGGGCAGGAGUUUGUUCGACUAAUCAUAUCUGAUACCAUGACAACCUACAUCACCCUGCUGAUCGGUGACUUCCUGAGAGCUGUGCUUGUUCGUUUCCUCAACUACUGCUGGUGUUGGGACCUUGAGGCCGGAUUUCCUUCUUACUCUGAGUUCGAUGUCAGCGGGAACGUUCUGGGCCUGAUCUUUAAUCAAGGAAUGAUAUGGAUGGGAGCGUUCUACGCCCCCUGCCUGCCUGCCUUGAAUGUCCUACGCCUCCAUGUGUCCAUGUACCUGCAGUGUUGGGCCGUGAUGUGCUGUAAUGUGCCGCAGGAAAGAGUGUUCAAGGCCUCUGGCUCCAAUAACUUCUACAUGGCCAUGCUGCUAGUUAUCCUCUUCCUGUCCACUCUGCCUGCCAUCUACACCAUCGUCACCAUCCCCCCGUCCUUUGACUGUGGACCCUUCAGCGGGAAAAAACGUAUGUUCGAUGUGAUCCAAGAGACUCUGGAGUCAGACUUCCCUGCCUGGUUUAGUAAAGUGUUCAGCUAUGCCUCCAACCCGGGUCUGGUGCUGCCCUUCAUAUUGCUGAUGGUAUUGGCCAUUUAUUACUUGCAGUCCACAUCCAAAAGCUACAAAGAAGCUAAUGUGGAACUGAAGAAAAAACUACAGACGCAAAAUGAAGAGAACAAGAAGAAGAACAAACGAGCAGCGUUGAAAGCACAGAUGGACCUUGAGGAGGCCAGAAAAGCUGUAUCACAGACACCAGAGCAACAAAAGAACAACAACGCCUCAGUGAAAGACCAGGAGGCAGACUUGGAGGAGAACCAGAGAGGUAGUCAGAGACUGAAUCACUGUAGAAAUGGACGCAACCCUCCUUUUUGGAGUCCCCAAGAACGGCCACUUCCAGCCUCCAGAGCUCCUGUGCCCAGGUCAUAUCAUUACAGCAACCAUGGGGCUCCUGGGUACCUACCUGGCCACCCUCGGCAAAGUGAGCCCAGGAUGCACAGGGCACCGAGCCUGCAGAGACAUUGAGGGAGUGAAGAACAGCAAAGGAAACAAACAUCAUUGAAAUAAAGCACUUUAUUUAGAAGUUAAUAAUCAGA